AUGAAUUAUCAAACAUUUUCUAUAAAAGAUGCUAUAAUAUUUAUUAUUGAUACGGGUUCUAUUUCAUUGUCAGAAAAUUUUAGUUGGAAAUUAAAAAGAAUUUUUGAAGUAUUAAGGGAAACAAUCUCAUAUAUUUGUCUAACAAAUAGUAAUUUAGAAGAAGUAUGUAUUUUGUUAGUAAAUACAUUAAAUUCUUCAAAAUGUGAUGAGGAAAUUGCAUCAACUUACACAUUUAUUCCAAUGGGGUUGGUAAGUACUGAUAUGGUCAAACAAUUGGACUGUUUACUCAGUUCUGAUGAUUUUGUAAGUACAAUUUUACAGAAAACAGGUGGUUUUGGUAAUGUUUCAUUGGUACAAUUGUUUCGUAAAUGUAACAAACUUUUCAAUUUUUGUAAAUCUUAUAAAAAGAAAACAAUUAUAUUUUUAACACCAACUUACGAUCAUUUUAAAAAUUUUACAAAUGAAUCAUUUUUAGAAUUAAAAGUUAUUGCAAAGGAUCUUGAAGAAGGUAAAAUAAGUGUUAAUAUUAUUGUGAUUGAUAAUAAUUCAAUUAGUGGUAACUUAACAUGGAAUAAAAUUGGUGCAAGAGUAGAUUUUUGUGAUAAUUUAGAUAAUCUUCCAUUAAUUUUGAAACUAAAAUGUAGUAGAACAAAAUGUCACAGAAAUAUUUCUUUAUAUUUGACUAAUAAUUUUAAAAUUGAAGUCGACUUGUAUAAUAUUGUAGAUAUAAAAUCAAUUCCUAAAGGAUUUCAUAUUGAUGCAGCAACAAAUCAAGUAAUUCAACGUAAUCAAGUUUAUAAACUUGAUAAAGGUGAUGAAAUGUUCCAUAAUUAUGAUGAUGUUUUAAGUGAUAGCCUUUCAAGUGAUGAUGUUUUAAGUGAUAAUGAAUAUAAAAGUCAAGAUAUACCUAUGAAAAUGAAAUUUUAUGGUAAAGUAUUUGAUUUUACGAAUGAUGAAAUUGCAAAGAUAAGAGAAAUAGCUCCUCGUGGAAUUCAAAUUUUAGGUUUUCGAAAGAUUGAAGAAUUUAAAUUGGAUUACAUUUAUUCUGUGGCAUUAUUUGUAUCAGCUAUUGAAAAAAAAUAUAGAGAUAAAAGGAUUUUUUUUAGUUUAUAUAAUUCAUGUGUAAAUAAAAAUGUUUUUGCAGUGGGAAGAUAUGUUUUAAAAAGCAAUUUUUCUCCCCAAUUAGUGGCAUUAAUCCCAACAAAUAAAUCACAAGAAGGAUUUUUUAAGUACAAGGGGUUCUAUUUAUUUAAAAUGCCAUUUAAAGAAAACAUUAGAAGGCUAGUUGAAAUAGAUACCAAUUGCAAAACAAAUUUAUGUAACGCAACUAAUUUUUUUGUCAAUAAACUAACAUCUAAUUUUACACCACUUCAGUAUGAAGAUCCUAUGUUAGAAAGACACUAUCAAGCAAUUGAAGCAUUAGCUCUUGAUAAAAAGAUAACAGAAAUGAAAGACUUACCGCAUAAUUUAAGCUAA